UAUAGUACACGUCACAUGUCACACUUCAACCUUUUUAAAUAUUACAAGAUUGUUGUGCUGACAAGCCUGACAUUGACACAAACACCAACGAAGUACACGACUUGGCCGUUCUAUUUCAGUGUCACAAUCCAUCACAAAAACGUGUUCAACUAUACUGAUAUUGGAGGUACAAGGAUCAUGCUUGGGAACGGGGUUGUUGGGAUCUUGGCAGAAUCUGUGAAUAAAUGGGAAAGAAGGGCACCUUUGACCCCAUCACACUGUGCUCGAUUACUCCAUGGUGGGACAGGUGUUUCUAGGAUCAUUGUGCAGCCUUCCACUAAGCGAAUUCACCAUGAUGCUCUCUAUGAAGAAGUUGGUGCUGAAAUAUCACAAGACUUGUCACAAUGUGGUCUCAUCCUUGGCAUUAAGCAACCAAAGCUGGAGAUGAUAUUACCAGAUAGAGCUUAUGCCUUCUUCUCACAUACACAUAAAGCACAGAAAGAAAACAUGCCUUUGCUGGAUAAGAUUCUAGCUGAGAGGGCAUCGUUAUAUGACUAUGAAUUAAUUGUUGGGGACAAUGGGAAAAGAUUACUUGCAUUUGGAAAAUUUGCUGGUAGAGCUGGAAUGAUUGACUUUUUGCGCGGAUUAGGACAACGGUUUUUAAGUCUUGGAUAUUCAACACCUUUCUUGUCACUUGGAUCAUCUUACAUGUAUCCUUCCCUGGCUGCUGCUAAGGCUGCUGUGAUUUCUGUUGGUGAAGAAAUUGCGACCCAGGGAUUGCCAUUGGGGAUUUGUCCCCUGGUUUUUGUAUUUACUGGUUCAGGAAAUGUUUGUUCUGGUGCACAAGAGAUAUUUAAGCUUCUUCCUCAUACCUUUGUAGAUCCAUCUAAACUACGCGAUCUACAUAGAACGGACAAAGAUCAACCAAGGCAUGCUUCAAAAAGAGUUUUCCAAGUUUAUGGUUGUGUUGUGACUGCCCAAGACAUGGUUGAACCCAAAGAUCACGUGAUAGUGUUUGACAAAGCAGACUACUAUUCACAUCCUGAGCAUUACAAUCCCACUUUCCAUGAAAAAAUAGCACCAUAUGCAUCUGUUAUUGAGAUGGUUUUUAUGCAGACUGUAGAGGGCAUUCCAAAUGUAACCGGAGUUCAGCUUGAUGUGAUGGAUCAUGCCAAUUUGUGUAAGUACAUUGCACAGGUUAACGUUGUUAUAAGUUUGCUGCCCCCAAGUUGUCAUAUUAUCGUAGCGAAUGCUUGCAUUGAGCUGAAAAAACAUCUUGUCACUGCUAGCUAUGUUGAUAGCUCCAUGUCAAUGCUAAAUGAUAAGGCUAAGGAUGCUGGCAUAACAAUUCUGGGAGAGAUGGGCUUGGACCCAGGAAUUGAUCAUAUGAUGGCAAUGAAGAUGAUCAACCAAGCACAUGUGCGGAAGGGGAAAAUAAAGUCUUUCACUUCUUAUUGUGGUGGACUUCCAUCUCCUGAAGCUGCUAACAAUCCAUUAGCAUAUAAAUUCAGUUGGAAUCCUGCAGGAGCAAUCCGAGCUGGGCGUAAUCCUGCCACCUACAAAUGGGGUGGUGAAACUGUACAUAUUGAUGGGAACGAUCUUUAUGAUUCUGCUACAAGACUAAGGCUACCGGACCUUCCUGCUUUUGCUUUGGAAUGUCUCCCAAAUCGCAAUUCAUUACUUUUAAGGGAUUUGUAUGGAAUAACUGAAGCAUCGACCAUUUUCCGUGGAACCCUCCGCUAUGAAGGAUUUAGUGAGAUCAUGGGGACACUGUCUAGGAUUGGCUUAUUUAACAAUGAAGCUCAUUCGUUGCUAAUGAAUGAACAGAGACAAACUUUCAGAAAAUUCUUAUUUGAACUUCUCAAAGUUGUUAGCGAUAAUCCAGAUGGACCAUUGAUAGGAGAGAAUGACAUCAUGGAGCAUAUAUUAACACAAGGGCACUGCAAAGAUCAAAGAACUGCAAUGAAGACAGCAAAAACAAUCAUAUUCUUGGGACUUCUUGGCGAAACAGAAAUCCCUGCUUCCUGCAAGAGUGCUUUUGAUGUUGUUUGUUUCCGCAUGGAGGAGAGGUUAUCAUACACCAGCACAGAAAAGGAUAUGGUGCUUUUGCACCAUGAACUGGAAAUAGAAUACCCAGAUAGCCAAAUUACAGAGAAGCAUAGAGCUACUUUACUUGAAUUUGGGAAGACUCUUAAUGGAAAAACCACAACUGCCAUGGCCCUUACUGUUGGCAUUCCAGCUGCUGUUGGAGCUUUGCUCUUAUUGACAAACAAAAUUCAGACAAGAGGAGUCUUAAGGCCUAUCGAACCUGAAGUAUACACUCCAGCACUGGAUAUUAUAGAAGCUUAUGGCAUCAAGUUGAUAGAGACGACCGAGUAAUUUUCAUCUAUGAAUUGAUGUAUAGGUGUAAAUUAAUGUACACCAUGCAAUGUUUGACGUGAAUAGGAUAAAAUAUAAUAAUUACUGAGUUUAUGGAAUUGCAACUACCAUUCUAUACCAGUGUCAGAAAUGGACCACACGGUACCAGCAUAGUUAUAACACUUACACAUGAAGAUGCCAAUUUCAAUUGCAGCAGUACAAUCCAACCGGUAAUGAAAUUCUAGAAAAAUUGUUAAUUGGUGAUCAA